AGCCCGGAUAAAUGUUUUGCGGGCGGACCCGCACCUCUUACACUACUGCUUGUGACUCCUUAUGUAGUACUUCUGGAUUGGGAGUUUGGCGGCAUCGAAUGCAGUGCAAGUUUGGAGCGUGUGGUUGCGAGUCGGGCUGCCGAGCGCCGACGUACCUGCGCUUGCUGCCUGGGAGCAACGGUCGGCGCUGCACGCCGCCUACUCCGGCUGCAGCCUACUAGCCUGGCGAGACGACCGCGACACGACUCAUACGACGUGCGGCCCUUUCUCCUUCGCGCGCACGGGGCCCGACGCGGCGCAGCGCGUGGCUGGCAGCCGGGGCGACGCCCGCGCCGCUGCUGGCUGGUGCUGGGUCAGCAGUCACAUGUAUCAGUGCGCGGCCGGGGUCCAACGCGGACAGCGCGCGCACAUCCGCGAACACGUGGCGUCGCCCGCCGCCGACGCCAGCCCGGCGCCCGGCCUUGGACGGGCGCCUGCGGGUGCUGUUCAUGCUGGGCGCCGUCGACGACGCGGGCCACGCAGCGCGCGCUCGACCGCGAGAACCAGCUGCACGGCGACCUCGUGCAGGGCUCCUUCCGCGACUCGUACCGCAACAUGACGUACAAGCACGUGAUGACGCUCAAAUGGGCCGCGUACCACUGCCCCGGAGCACUUUACGUGCUCAAGACGGACGACGACGUCUUCGUCAACUCGCCCGAGCUGCUGCGCUUCCUGGCGCGCGAGCUGUCGCCCUGGGGCGCCCGCCGCCUCAUCCUCUGCGUGGCCUUGCCAUACAGCUACGUCAAGCGCUCCUGGCGCUCCAAUCGGCUGUAUCCGCCUUUCUGCGUGGGCUGGGCGGUGCUGUACUCGCCCGACGCCGUGUUCCUGCUGUACCGCGAGGCGCAGCGCGUGCCCUACUUCUGGAUCGACGACGUGCACGUGACGGGCACGCUGGCGGCGCGCGUCAACCUGUCGCAGACACCUCUUUUGUCGCUGGCGCUGACGCGUCUCCAGAUGGAGGCGCUGGUGGACGCGCCCCCAGGCGCCGCCCCGCCGCCCUACGCCGCGCACUUCCUCUUCGGAUCGCCCGACAUGCACGAGGACGAACUCUACAAACUGUGGGACUAUGUACAGCAAAGACGUUUC